CGCAGAUUUUUUGGGGGUGGAUUAUCCUCCUCUCUACAUGUGCAAAUCCAAACGGGGAAUAAAACGGGAGGAUGGUGGACGCGUACAAGUUGCCACACCGGUUGAUUGAGAAAAAACGGAGAGACAGGAUCAACGAAUGUAUUGGCCAGCUGAAGGAUUUGUUACCGGAACACCUGAAGCUGUCGACACUCGGGCAUUUGGAGAAAGCUGUUGUCUUGGAGCUGACGCUGAAACAUUUGAACGCGCUGACUGCUGUCACUGAACAGCAGCACCAGAAGAUUGUUGCUUUGCAGAAUGGCGAUCGCUCCUUGAAUUCCCCCAUCCACGCGGACCUGGACGUCUUUCACUCCGGAUUUCAGGCGUGCGCAAAGGAGGUCCUGCAGUACCUGAGCCAGUUCGAGAACUGGACGGCACGGGAGCAGAGGUGCGUGCAGCUCGUCAACCAUCUCCACAAAGUGCUGGCGCAGUUCCAGCCCGGUGCACAGGCGCUGCAGCACCAGCUCCCUGCCGGGGACGCACAUGACGCGCAGAAGACGGACGGCCAUGCCAACUGUGUCCCGGUCAUCCAGAGGACCCAGGGCGGGGAGCUCAACGAGAACGACACUGACACGGACAGUGGAUAUGGCGGAGAGACGGAGAAGAGCGACGGCAAAGAAAAAGAGUGUGAGGGUAACAAUGUGCAGGGACUCAAGGCAGUGAAGAUCAAACAAGAGUUUGGAGACGAGCGGGCUGCCAAAAAACCAAAGAUGAGCUGGACUGGGAAAGGGGUCACGAGUGCAGACCAGGCCAGACCCGACCUGACGUUUAUGAACUCUUUGAUGGGAAUAAGCAGUGUGGGACAGCAGACACCGAUUUGCAUGCCUUUCUACUUUAUCAACCCAUCGGCCGCGGCGUCCUACAUGCCUUUUUUCGACAAAAACAACAUUGAGAAGUACGUGUAUCCCGCAGCGGCUGCUCUUGCGUCCCCCUUCCCCUGGCUUUAUCCCGCACAUGCCGCUGCCGCAGCCGCUGCGGCUUUCCCCGGCCUCUCUGCGCACUUUGGAGCCUCCUCUCAGCCAAAAGACGCGCGCUCUCUUGACAACGACGGGUCAUACGAGGCUGACGCGGCCUCACCUGAGGAGCGCGUGGAAAGUCCUGCUAGCGAGGACGCAGAGGGAGACGCGGACUCGUCUCCAGAGGGCAAGAAUUGCGCAAACGACGCGAGUUAAGACGUUGGAGAAGCCUACCUCUGUGCAUUUUCUCUGAAGGAGGCUGGGUUGAAAUGGAGCUUUCACUGAAGGGUUUCUCAUCUUUCUUGCUGAAACAGGGGACAGUUGUGACUGCGCGUGCCUUUUGCACUUAUACUCGAUUAAACAAUCUGAAUGACCGUCGAUGAUGAUUGACAUUUCAUAGUGCUGGAGUUAUUAUUUUCUUUUUAAAUCUCUUUGAUAACAAGUUUUCAAACGGCAGCAGUGGUGCCAAAACUUUGAAUACAAGAACAGCGCGUUAUAUUCCAAUCGAUGACCCUCUUGUAUUAAAGUUGCAACUGACCUCUGCCUUCGAUUAAGAACCUGGUGAACUCUGAUUGUAAAUACCAUUACCUUGGAGGUAAAGUGUGACCUGUAAAUGUGCACUAAAUGGCUUUAGGGAAGAAGCGCUCCUGGAAAUGUAAUGUCUCAUUACCUCAUCCUCAACCUGUGUAGGGGUUUUAGCCGGUUGGGGGAGCACAUGAUUGGCCCUCCAUCCCUUUGAGCAGAGAUUAUUGGGCCCCAAUUCUCAACAUUUACAGCCCCGUCGCGUGAAAAUGAAUCAGAAAACAGGAUUUUUGUGUUUCUGCUCAUUUCCCCCAUAGAAACAUCCCCUCAACUACUGAAAUCACAGAUUAAAACCAGCAGAAUUCCUUGAUUUAAUUCUGCAAAGAGAUGCAGAGACAUUGUUUAGGAUAGCACCUUAUAGAUCUUUGAAUGUACCCUCCCCUUCCCAGUUAUAAACUUCCUAAUUUAGGAUAAAAUUUACUCUUUGAGAGAUUAAGUGCACUUUUUCUGCUUUUACUCCACCCAGCAGUCACUUUAUCAGUUUAAAAGUCAAUCACUGUAGUUCCCUUCUGUCAAAAAGAUUAGAGUUGGGGAAGUGUUCUCAGUUGCAGAAAAAUGCUGCAUAUUUUUGGCUCUUUUGUGAGAGAAAAAAAUCCUCAAUCAGAUUUAAGAAAAGUCACACAAAACUAGGAAAGAAACUGUGGUAUUGCCAUGUUAAGAACUUUAUCUCAAACUCUUUUCUAACUGUAAUGUUGCUCAGCUUUUUUAAGCUUCACCUGAGACGGAAUAAAACUGAUUUUCAUUGUAUUUUAACAAUGCUUUUGUAGUAUUACUCAGCUGGUUUUGCUCUCUUAUCAACUGUUAAAAAAAAGGCAUGUACGGUUGUAAAUUUGUGAAUAUACCAUUCAGUAUGUGGGUUUUGUGAAUGUUGUAGAAGUCCCUUCUCAUUUUUUAAAGUUUAAAUGAGCAACUGUUGCACAUUUUGUUGAUGCUUUACACAUAUGCUGUUCUAAAUUAUUGCUGGAUAAGUUGUAAAAUAAAUAUCAAAGCCUAAACUUUG